AUGGAUCGAAGGAGAUACCAUGGACCAGCGGGUGGUCAUCGCACGCGGGCGCGAAUUACGAUUGCCUUGAUCUGUUUUGCCAGUGUUGGUAUUAUUUCUCUGGUGGCGUUAAUGCUCAGCGUGCUUGUUCCUUCCCCACCGCCUCAGGCAGCACAGAGCCCGACAGAUACUAAGGAAGGGCCCCAGUUGCGUGCAGUAGAGCUCCCAGCUGCAAUGGUGCCGGUGGACGAGGCCACCAUCUUCGUGUCGAUCGCCGCCUUCCGCGACAAUGAGUGUGUCACGACGCUGGAGAGUCUCCUCACCCGUUCGAAGAAUCAGCACCGCGUGUUCCUUGGCAUUAGUGAAGAGCGGCACCCCACAGACAAAAGCUGUCUCGAGGCACCGCAUGUACUUAACCGCUUUGCCCUCACCCACACGCGCACGAUGCGGUGGAAAGAUGUCGUCCCCGCCGCGUUUGUAUCGCGGGACUCACACGCGACCCCAGUGUACACGCCGCUGCUGCACGCGAGGCGGGACGAUGACGUCAUCACCUGCAUUCAAAGCAGCGAUGCGGCGGCGGACGAGUCGCGACAGCCGGGCCUGCAUCCGCUGAGUGGAUGCCGGAUCGUGUCGCGUCUGGGGAACCCCGAUGACGCGCGUGGCCCGACGUACGGCCGCUACCUCACAAGCCUUUUGUAUAACAACCAGGACUACUACAUGGUGGUGGACAGCCACUCGCGGUUCGUGCCGGGGUGGGAUGUGAAGAUGAUUGAACGUGCACGGCUCAUGCCGACGCGUGGUGUGAUGUCGCACUACCCGAACGGGUAUGUCCCGGAGAAUCCAGACGGUGAGGCGGACAAGAAGUUUGUUAUGUCCAUGUGCAAAGGUGUCAUAUUACCCAACAAUAUCCCAAAGCUGGGAGCACGGUGGAUACCACUACAGAGUAGCCCUAAGUUACAAGGCUUUGUGGCUGCCGGAUACAUCUUUGGUGAUGCGCAGUUUGUAAAGGAUGUCCCCUUUGAUCCGUAUCUUCCUUACCUAUUUGACGGAGAGGAGAUUUUGUAUUCGGCACGACUGUGGACGAACGGAUGGGAUAGCUACUCGCCUGGUGAUGCAUUCCUCUACCACAAUUACGCGCGGAAGGAUGCACCGAGGUUCUGGUCGGUGAUGCAAGGUGGUGAUGUCCAUGGGGGGCGAAUGCUUCAGCAGCGAACUGCAAUAAGGCGUGCGCUCUACUUGCUGAAGCGACGUGAGCUAAACACGACUCGCUUUAUUGUGAGUGAAGAGGAGGCGCAUUCAUUAAAACCGGAAAUUGGAUGCGAUGACCAAUACUUUGGGGCUGGGAAAGUGCGUUCUCUUGAUGAUUACUGGCGCUUCACACAGCUCAGUGAUGAAUAUGUAAAGGAGAAAGACAAUGAGGGCCGAUGGAUGGGUGGUGAGGGACUCUGUAACUAA